CGCAGUGUUAAACCGGACACGUUUCCCUGGGUUACCGUCAACAACUCCCUUAGCUUACAGAAGCUAGGUUUGUUUGUAGGUUUCUGUCGUUUAUCCCCCGUUUUGUGUUGUGUAGUGAAGCAGGGAAGGUUGUCGUGUCACAAUUUAAGUCUGACUAAGGCUAAUUUAACUACAACAGCGGAAAAGGAACCGCAACGGCUAACUAGCUUGAGCUAACACACGCUAGCAUGCUAACAGUGUGCGCAAGGUGGAGAAACCGUUUGUAGUUUUCAGGAUGACAACUCAGGAUUUCAGGACAUUGGCUUACACGAAAAGCCCCAAAACAUCGAAAAGAACAACCUUUCAGGAUGAACUACAGGCUGCCAUCUCUGCCAGAGCAAGCAAAACAAAAACACUUCAAUACUCCUACUAUGAUGACUUCGAUGUGGAUGAUGAUGAUUUUUUGAAGGAACUUCUCAAAUCAAGAAAAAAGAGGACUAAUGCAUUCAAAGCUGGGAAGAGCAAAGCCAAAACAAAUACCUUUGAGCUCUCAGAUGAUGAAGGAAAACACAGCAGGACAAAAAAAGUUUCAUUCCUGAAGACCCAAAGAAUCAGCUCUCCUUCAAACAACACAACGGCAUCAGAGUCGCAUGAAAACGAGCCUCCGGACUCCUCUUCUGCCGGACACACUAAUUACAAUGGAUCCUUUUUCUCACAGCACUCCACAAAUAUCAGUGAAGAUAACACAACGUUUAAAAGCAGUAGUGCGGAGUCUGCACCUGCUCAAAUCACAAGAGAGAACUCAGGUAAAUCCCUUUCAUUCCAAACAUCAGAUGAUACUCUUCUGGACAUGUCGUUGCCUUUACCAUCUGAUGGCAGCGUGACUGAAACUCCAGCUCCAGAGGAAAAGAUCAACUCACUUGGAGAAGAAACCUCCCAGACUCCUCAGUUGUCAGCAUCUGGCCUCAAUCACGCAGAUUGUACCACCGAGAGGGAGCCACCUAGACCCAAACCACGGCAAAGGACUCUUGGACUGAGCGCUCUUGCAACAGAGAAGCUAACUGAAGAAACUGGAUCUCAGGAUCUCAGCAGGCCCCAGACAUCUUCAGCAUCACUUCCCUUCUCAAGUGAUACAUCCAGCAACGUUGCUGUAAGGAGCUGCAGCCCACAGUGGACAGAAGGAGAUCACACAGCUUCUUGUAGCCCCAGCAAAUCCUCUUCAAACAGGAGCGAACACUCACAACUCCUCACCAAGUCCACGGUUGAUUCUGGAUCCAGAGAUGGCUUAAUUUCUGAUGACAACAAAGAGCAGGAGAGAAACUACUCUACAUCAUUUGAAGAAUUUAAUGAACACUCAGGAGAUCACUCAGAUCAACUCUCUCAUCUCCCGGAAAAAUCAUUUGACACGAGGACUUCGAGUUCUCAGAGACCUCGAAAUGUAUGCUCCAAGAAAGUGGAAUCGAGGUACUUGGGGAAUCUCAAAAUUCUGGACCGUAAAAUCUCACUACAGGAGUCUCAGCCGCAAGCAGCAGAUUCACUCAGAGCUGCCGUUUACCAGGAAUGGCUUAAAAAGAAAAAGGAAAAAUCAAAAGAGAACAUGCAACUAAAGAAGAAGGAGGAAAUUCUGAAGGAGAAAAAGGAAAAGGAGCAAGAGGCUAAAAAGGAAGAUGCUGUUGCGUCUUAUGAAGCCUGGAAAGAAAAGAAGGCAGAGAGUCUCAAAGCAAAAGCUAAAGAACGGCAAGAUAAGAUUAGAAAAGAACAAAGAGCGACUGAAGAGAAAAAAGAAAAAAUACAGUCGGCUCAGCAGGUGUUUGAAAAAUGGAAGCGUGAGCACGAUCGUCUACACAGGGAGAAGCACAGAAAACAGAAAGAAGCAGAAAAUAAACUCAAGCUGAAAAAACAGGAAACAGAGGAAGAAAGAAAGAAAGACAGCAAAUCUGCUUUUUCUGACUGGUGUGAAAAGAAGAAAGACGUCCUCCACGAAAAACUCACGACAAAAUCCAAAGAAAUCCAAAAUAAAGCAGAGGAGGAACGAUACAUGAAAGAAGAGAGAGAUAAGAUGGCUUUAGAGACGUAUGAAAACUGGCUGGUAAGAAAAGAUCUGGAGCAGAAGAGACAGAGAGAAGAAAGACGAAUACAAGCAAUACUUAGAGACAGUCCACCUCCACCGUGGAGUCCUCCAAACCACACCAUACCUUUUAGAAAAUAACAUUCAAAAUGUCACAUAGCACUGCUAGAAUAUCUGUUGGUGCUUAUGUUUUAAAGUUUUGUACUGUUGAAUUUUAUAUUUUUGUAGUUUUUAGGUUAAACCUCACAAUCUUACAAACUGAUCUGUUUAACUUUAGAUGCACAUUUUAUGUUCAACAAUAUUUAUUUUGUUAAUAUAAAUGGUGGAUUUAUUGAAUAUGAUUUAAAAAUACACGUCAUUUUUCACCUAUGUGUUUUCAUAGCAUUUUUAAUUUGUCCUCCAAAACAUUUAUUGAAUGUAUGGAUGAAACGAGUUACGUAAUACCACAAUAAACCAAUCUUAUCUCCCUCUCA